GCCUUAAAACACGAGAUUUACCUGGACAACGCGCUGGUGCGCUUCCUGCUGUCGCGCUCUUUGGGGAACGUCCGGGUGGCACACUAUUUGUACUGGCUUUUGAAGGAUUCUCUGAACGAUCCGCACUUCGGGAGCCGCUAUGAGCAGAUUCUCGGCGCUCUUCUCUCCAUCAUUGGGAAAGGACUGAGGCAGGAACUGGAGAAGCAGACCAGACUCACCCAACUGCUGGGCGUCGUGGCUGAGAAGGUCCGGCAGGCGAACGGUUCUGCCAGACAGGUUGUCCUCCAGGAGGGGAUGGAACGGGUGCAGCUUCUCUUCAGGAAGAAUUGGACCGUUUGCCGCUCAGUCCGAGUCUGGAGGCCAAGGAGCUGAAUGUGAAGGCAUGUUCCUUCUUCAACUCCAACGCAGUUCCCCUGAAAGUGACCAUGGUGAGCGCCGAUCCGCGGGGGGAGGAAAUCAACGCCAUGUUCAAGGUGCGGAGUGUCUUCAGUAUUCCUGUCUGGGGUGGAGGAGAUUUCCCCAUCUCAGUCCCGUGUUUGUCUUGUAGGUGGGAGAAGAUUUGCGGCAGGACAUGCUGGCUCUGCAGAUGA